AUGGCACUUCCUGAGCGGCCCGAGAAAGAAGCCACAGAGGAAGAGACUUUGGUGCUGCCGGACCUGCACAGCAUCCUAGAGGGCACUGUUGCAUCGAUCCAGCCCUUCGGUGCCUUCGUGCGAAUUGGGAAAGGUAUGUCGUUCGAAGAGACUGCCUUUGACUCAUGCGGUGACGAGUACAAGGACGGCUUGGUCCACAUUAGAUCCAUAGCUGCAGGGAGGGUGGAAAAAGUCUCCGACUACCUGGACGUUGGAGACAAGGUUUGGGCGAAGGUGUGCAAUGUCAAGCCAGAGGAUGGCAAGUAUGGCUUGGACUUGCGUUAUGUGAACCAAGACACCGGAGAAGAUCUCGACCCAAAGAACCGAGAAGGUCGAUUCCCCAAGGGUGGAGGAAAGCAGAAAAAGACAAAAACUGAGGACUUGGUGAAGGAUGCCAAAGCCAUGAUGGAGGAGGUGAAACGCAUGAAGAAGGAAUCAAAGCUGAAGAAAAAGUUCCUGAAAUUUGAGGAAAAAAGGAAGAAGAAGUUGCAAAAGAAACUCAAGAAGCAAGCUGAUGCGAAGGGCAAUAAAGCUGAAGGUGGUAGCUCUUCCUCAUCUAGUUCCUCAUCAUGUUCUUUGUCAGAGGCAACGCAAGCCAGAUUGCGCAAGGAGUUUGGUUUUCCAGAUCCCGUGGGGGCAAAGCCCAAGGCAGCGCAAACAAAGAGCAACGGCCAGGCCAUUACCUUGAAAGAAAGGACAGAAGUGAGCAGGCGACCACCAAGCUCUAAACGAUCUCCAGCAAGAAGGCCAAAGGCUGCAGAGGAUUUGAGGGGCUUGGAACGCUCGAAACCUGACCCCAAGAAGGGGCGCAAGGAGCCGGUCAGAUCUAACGGGCGCGGCCGGUAUCGCUCACCCUCUCGCCAAGCUGCGUCGGACUCCAGGGACUCCCGGCGUCGCCCACGUCAAGGGCGAAGAGACGAGUCGCGGGAACCACGUCGCAGCCCUCGACGGGGACGACGGAGGCGAGAUUCGCGAGACUCGAGGUCCAAGUCACGUGCGGGCGAUGCGGAUAAGGAAAGCCGACGUUGUUCACGUGAGUGGAAUCGUCUUUAUGCCAGUGGUGUUGCUGACCAAGAGCCACCCAAAGAAGAGAGCAAGAAGAGGAAGGCUGCUAAGCCUGACACAAAGAAGACAGAGGGCAAAAAGGCCAAGCAAGCAGCUCAAGACAACGGUGAGCCUCCAAAGAAGGCCAAGCGAAAGAAGCAAGCGUCUGACGCUAGUGGCUAA